GGCGCCAUUUUGAAUCUUCCGGUAAUUUCGAAAUUCCGUAGUCGGUGAAUUUUACUGCCCUUAACGAUGGCUGGUAUCAAUAAAAACAACCAACAAACUCAAGAUAAACUUACACGUAUUGCCAUUGUCAGUUCUGAUAAAUGUAAACCCAAAAGAUGUCGACAAGAAUGUAAGAAAUCUUGUCCUGUCGUACGAAUGGGGAAACUGUGUAUCGAAGUGAAAGAGGAUUCAAAAAUUGCUUACAUUUCUGAAACCCUUUGUAUUGGUUGUGGAAUAUGUGCCAAGAAAUGCCCCUUUGAAGCUAUCAGCAUUAUUAACUUGCCAAGUAACCUAGAAAAGGAAACUACCCAUCGUUAUGGUGCGAAUUCCUUCAAACUGCACAGACUUCCAAUUCCUCGUCCUGGUGAAGUAUUAGGACUUGUAGGUACUAAUGGUAUUGGGAAGUCUACAGCACUUAAAAUCCUUGCAGGAAAGCAAAAGCCAAAUUUAGGCCGAUUCGAUAAUCCUCCUGAUUGGCAAGAAAUCUUGCUUCAUUUUAGAGGGUCUGAAUUACAGAACUACUUUACCAAGAUUCUUGAAGAUGAUUUGAAGGCAAUCAUCAAGCCUCAAUAUGUUGAUCAAAUUCCUAAAGCUGUGAAGGGGAGUGUGCAGUCAAUCUUGGACAGGAAAGAUGAAACAGAAAGUCAAAUUGAAGUUUGUAAACAAUUAGAUUUGUUAGCUGUACUAGAUCGUAAUGUUGAUGAACUGUCUGGUGGAGAACUGCAGCGUUUUGCUUGUGCAGUUGUGUGCAUCCAACAAGCGAAUGUUUACAUGUUUGACGAGCCCUCAAGUUACUUGGAUGUAAAGCAGCGUCUUAAUGCCGCUAAGACAAUUCGCACUUUGUUGACCAACGACAGGUACAUCAUUGUUGUUGAGCAUGACUUGAGUGUCCUUGACUACUUGUCUGACUACAUCUGCUGUUUGUAUGGAAUGCCUGGAGCUUAUGGUGUUGUCACUAUGCCUUUCAGUGUUAGAGAAGGUAUCAAUAUCUUCUUGGAUGGAUUUGUUCCAACUGAAAAUUUAAGGUUCAGAGAAACUUCACUGGUCUUCAAAGUAUCUGAGACUGCAGACAAGGAAGAGGAAAUCAAGAGAGUGCGUCGGUAUGCCUACCCAUCUAUGUACAAAAAAUUGAAGGAUUUCCAGUUGAACAUUGAUGCAGGAGAAUUCACUGAUUCUGAAAUCAUUGUAAUGUUGGGAGAAAAUGGGACUGGAAAGACCACAUUCAUUAGAAUGCUUGCUGGAAAGUUGGCUCCUGAUAAUGAUAAGGAAGUGCCCUUACUGAAUGUCAGCUACAAACCUCAAAAAAUCAGUCCAAAAUCAAGUGGUACAGUCCGACAGCUCUUACACACCAAGAUCAGGGAUUCGUAUAUUCACCCACAGUUCAUUGCAGACGUGAUCAAGCCACUGCAGGUUGAGAGUAUCAUGGACCAGGAGGUUCUCAACUUGUCUGGUGGUGAGCUGCAGCGUGUUGCACUUACCAUUUGUCUUGGAAAGCCUGCUGAUGUGUAUUUGAUUGAUGAACCCUCUGCCUACCUUGACUCUGAACAACGUUUAAUGGCAGCCAAAGUCAUCAAACGGUUUAUCCUGCAUGCCAAGAAGACAGGGUUUGUGGUUGAGCACGAUUUCAUCAUGGCUACAUACCUUGCAGAUCGUGUGAUUGUUUUUGAGGGAACACCAUCAGUCAAAACAAUGGCUAACACUCCCCAGUCAUUGUUAACUGGUAUGAACAGAUUCUUGGAAUCCCUAGAAAUCACAUUCAGACGAGAUCCAACUAACUUCAGGCCUCGAAUCAACAAGCUCCAUUCAGUCAAGGAUGUGGAACAAAAACGGGGUGGGAACUUUUUCUUUCUUGAAGACUGAGGCUUGCUAAGCGCAACACCAAAGAACUUCAAUGCAUUCACAUCAGGUCGCCAGGUCACAUGUCAGUCCAGCUGGUUUGGAGAGACUUACAGUACAUCUUCAUCUUCGGCCUCGGGCUUCAUGAAAGAGAGACGGCAAUGUUUAGGGUUCUUUGGUGCAGCAUGUGAUAAUACUGAUUCGUGUGUAUGUUUGUGUGUGUCGGUUAAACUUGGUUUUGUUUUUGAUUUUUUGUGGCAAUAAUCUGAUUUUUUAUUCUGUAGUUGGUAAUAAUUUCUUUCCUUGAUUAAUUAUCUUGCUUCUGUCAUCCAGUCUUUUUCCUAGUCAAAAACUUGGCUGGUAGAGAGAUUUCAUAUCAUGAAUGCAAACYUUCACCAUGGUCUGUUUGUAGUUAACAGUUAUCAUUCUGCUGCACCAAAAAACCAUCCAGUAGGUUUUAUAGCCCUAUUCUCAAUACCCCAGCUUUGGGUUUCUUUUGGUCAGACUGGGCGUGUCYUCUACACUGAAGACGCUUGCCCUGGCCAGUAUAUUAUGCCAAUGGUAUAAUACAAAGUCAAACUCUGGGACGAAGAGACUUGUCUACGUAAGAAAAGACAUUCCCUCCAACACAUCACAUGCUCUUUUUCGCUAUAAUUUUCGAUGGAAAUUGGAAGUAAUUUGAUAUGGCAAACUGACAAACGAUAAAAUUAAUCUAGCAAUUUCAAAGCUAUUUUUAAGAAAAUUAAGUAGAAUUGUAUAUGAGAUAUGAACCCAAAAGAUGUCCAUGCAUGACAUCCAACAGAGGUAGACCACGUGACUUGUUGGUGUAUUUAACCUAUUGUGUAUAAACAGAACCAUCUCUCUUUACUGACGGCCCCAUUAGAUGAAGAUGAGAAAGAAACCUUGCCAAAUUUGGAUUUCUUCAGAAUGRCAAUGACUCAAAGGAAAAGUACAGAUGACAAACUUAUUCCAAGAAAAUGUUGGACUAUGUUAACAAAACUCGAAAUGAUCGAGCAGGAAACUUAAUUAUGAACAAAUAUUAAUAGUAAAACCGCUAUUAGUGGCCACCUUCAGGGAAUUGUCAAGUGGCCGGUAAAAAGAGGUGAAUCACGAUCCUACUACACGCCUUCCUUUAUAAGAGGGAUUUUCCCUAGACAGUGAAACAGUWUCUAGAAUAAAACAAUGAAAGUACAGAGGAAAAUCCAGGGGUGGUAAAAUAGAUGACAAGUCACCGCCCUUUUUCAAAAAAAUUUCAGUAUAUUCCUCRCAUUCCUGGUAAAACUUUGUAAUAGUUUCCCCCUUCUAGGAAUCCUGGAUCCGCCCUUGAAAUAAGAUUUAUUAACCCUCUAUUAGUUUACUAACUAGUUUAGUUAAGUGAUUCAGUCUACGGUCUGGGGAAAGCCACCCUCGUGCUCCAACUGCGGAUAGGACUAAAGAUAGAAAAUUGUAUUAUUUAUYACUUUAUGUUUAAAAUAUAAGUUGCUUCAAUAAGUUUUAUCACAAUUGAUUUGAAUAAAGCCACGAGUAUUAAUGUAAUAAAA